UCGGGGCCCGGCCGGGGGCUGGUUCCACGGACGUUCACACCCGCCCCCCACACCACCCGGGUGGACUGAUGGGGCGAGCCGCCUUCUCUCUGCGAGCAGCAUCCCAGUGUUUGGCGACGUGCGGACCUUCCUAGUUGGCGGGUUUCCUGGGGAGAACCUUCCUUGCGUUCAUUGUGGCGAUGAGGCGCAUCCUCCCCGCGGGAUGCUGGGCUCGCUGGGAUUAUGGACACGCGGUGAUCUGUCACUUCUUUCAUCCUGGGCUGAGAUUUUGCAUUAGUAAUUGCGGCGGAAAGAGGAAGAAAAGGUUCCUCUUGGGUGCAGGGAGCAUGCAGGGAUGCGGGGCCGUGUGCGCCCUUUCCUAAGUGCACAGUUUGGUGGGUGAACUGAAAGGGAAGGUUGCAAAUGCAGUCUCCCUCCAGCCAGGCCCCAGAGUGCGCUCAGCUGCGCUUUUGACAACCCAGAGGCCUGUCAGAAGUUGAGGUUGAGGCAUGAAUUCUGCACUUGUGGCUGGGAAGAUGAACCGGGCCUUCCAAAGCUGUCGUUUUUGUUUCCAAGGCUGACGGGGCCCACCGUGAAUAGAAAACAGCGCGGCCAGGUUCUGGGCAGCUAAGCGGGAGCGCUGUCAUAAAGGAGUUUUUGUCUGAAAAAUCCAAAGUCUGGGGCUUUGAGCCACGGAGGGUUGGGUACUGGUCAGUUUUAACUGCCAGGGUGAGAAAUGUCUCAGACAUUUUUCAAAUUAGGCAGCUGAGUCUAGCUCCGGCUUGCUGGUCUCCAGGAUUUACCCUUUCCAGUGACUGGGUGAAAGAGGAAAGACACACAGAGAGAAGUGGCCUUCUCCCUUUUCCCCUUAAAAUGAGGACAUAGUCCAUCUUGGGUUAAGAUGAAAAGAAAAAUCGUUCCAUCUUUGCUCUUGACCCUGAAGAAAAGAAUCUCAAAGAAAUACCGGACAGAAAAAUUCUUUCCUUACCUGGAGUGCUCACAGAACUGAACAAAGAAAGGAAAGAAUUAGUGCAUAUCGUAGGCCAUCUGCAUUUACAGGCAGGUCAUUUUUCAGAUGCUUGAGGUUAUACAAUAAGAAGGUGGGAGGGAGCCAGACAUGGAAAGGAGGGAGAGAGGUGAAUGCAGGGCCUUAGAGAUUGCAGCAGCCAAGAGAGUCUGUUUUCUCCCGAUACCGGUCUGGAAGAAUCUGGAUUGACAGGAGGAAGCAAGAACCUCGGGCAAAGUAAAUACUGCUGGGAAAUGUGGACCCCAGGCCUCAGAAGUUUGAAUGCCUUUUAUUUAUUCUUGUCUGAUUGCUGUUGCUGGGACUUCCAGUACUAUGUUGAAUAAGAGUGAUGGAAGCCAACAUCCCUGUCUUGUUCCAGAUCCUAAGGAAAACACUUAGUUUUUGCCCAUUGAGAAUGAUGUUGCUGUGGGUUUAUUACAUUAAGCCACCCAGCUCAGGGAAGAAGAGAGUAGACCAGAUCCUGUCCCUGCCCCAGGCCUGGGUGGAAGAAGCAAGGUGCUCCUGACUUUAAAUGAAAACCCAAGACUUGGGAAGGCAGGCAUGGCUUCAGGAUCAUGCAUGUCUCACAUCACAACUUGCCAGAUGGAAAAUGCUAUCCCUAAGCCACUGGGCUUCCUGGAGAGCAGAUGUGUUCUUCAUUUUCAUGAUCUCCCUGCUUUGAUUUAGAGCAGAGUGGGACUUGUGUGACCUGCAUCCCUCCUGGGCAACGAAAGCAUGAAAAACACCCACCCCCCAGUUUCUGCACUGGCCCUUGCAGGAAGAAUCACUGAAUGGCUGACGUUUGACAACAUGCACCACCAGUGGCUUCUGUUGGCUGCAUGCUUUUGGGUGAUUUUCAUGUUCAUGGUGGCCAGCAAAUUCAUCACCUUGACCUUUAAAGACCCGGAUGCCUACAGCACCAAACAGGAGUUCCUGUUCCUGACAGCCGUGCCGGAUUCCAGGAAGUUACAGGAAGAGCAGCAGUUUCCUGAGGAACUGAAGCCAACUGGGAAGAUGCUCGCAGACGGCCAGCUUGCUCAGCCCUUGGUCUAUAUGGAGCGCCUGGAGCUCAUCCAAAAUGUCUGCAGGGAUGCGGCCCUGAAGAACCUCUCACAUACGGCCGUGUCCAAGUUUGUCCUGGACCGAAUAUUCGUCUGUGACAAGCACAAGAUCCUCUUCUGCCAGACUCCCAAAGUGGGCAACACGCAGUGGAAGAAAGUGCUGAUCGUGUUAAACGGUGCCUUUCCUUCCAUCGAAGACAUCCCCGAGAAUGUGGUUCAUGACCAUGAAAAGAACGGCCUCCCUCGUCUCUCUGCCUUCAGCGAUGCAGAAAUUCAGAAGCGCUUGAAAACCUACUUCAAGUUUUUUAUUGUAAGAGAUCCCUUUGAAAGACUGAUAUCUGCUUUUAAGGACAAGUUCGUCCACAAUCCCCGCUUUGAACCCUGGUACAGGCACGAGAUUGCCCCCGGCAUCAUCAGGAAGUACAGGCGGAACCGGACGGAGACCCGGGGCAUCCAGUUUGAAGAUUUUGUGCGCUACCUGGGCGAUCCAAACCACAGAUGGCUGGACCUCCAGUUUGGGGACCACAUCAUUCACUGGGUGACGUACGUCGAGCUGUGCGCGCCCUGUGAGAUAUCAUACAGUGUGAUUGGUCACCACGAGACCCUGGAGGACGACGCCCCAUACAUCUUAAAAGAGGCGGGCAUAGACCACCUGGUGUCAUACCCCACCAUCCCUCCGGGCAUCACCGUGUACAACAAAACCAAGGUGGAGCACUACUUCCUGGGCAUCAGCAAGCGGGACAUCCGGCGCUUGUAUGCCCGUUUUGAAGGGGACUUUAAGCUCUUUGGGUAUCAGAAGCCAGAUUUUUUGCUAAACUAAUGUGUAGAUCUGUGAACUCAGAUACCUCUGUUAGACCAGAGGCUAAGCAAGUGGAGAUCUGAGCACAGAACGGACACUUCCUCCAUCUCACCCCUCAAGACUCCUGCGGGCACCCACGGGCCAUGUGCACCUCGGCCGGUGAAGCUGCACCCAACGGUUCUGGCUUAGUGUGAACAUCAGGUGCAUUGAGGGCCUUCGCCCCCACGCCUACCAAUGCCAUGAGGCCUUUGGUCCCCAGAAGGGUAAAAGGACUAAACAUUUGCAGUCUGACAGACCAGGAGGAGCAGUUACACGGCACAGGCGUCAUUUCCCUCGGCUGUCAAGGAGGGGAAGGGCCUGCCUGUCACCGGGGGACAGCAGGAAGGGCACCUCGCGCUUUCAGGAGACCCGAGGAGCUGAUGGUGUGCAGAACUGGCAGGAGCUAAUGCAAGACCAAGUCUGUGUAAUAAAAUGACAGCGCUGGCUCUCAACUUGGCACUGCUGUAAUCACAGAGGUAAACCAUUCUUUCCACGACUGUCUCCUUCCUGUGGGAUUCAGGAUGACCCUAGGACACUUUUUGGCAGUCCGUCCUUUCAGAAUACACGCCUAAGCACCCCUAGUCCAUAUUUCCGAUCCUCUGUCUGCCAGGUGGUUUUCUCAUUGAGCCUAAGAGCUACAUAUUCAGAAAAAGGGGAGUGGAGUGUUCUUCCCACCUGAGAAGCGAACGUCUUUGGGAAAAGGAAGAGCUGGUGGGCUCUGGAGCUCAGGCUGCUGUGGAUGUGGGCAUACCCAUCCUGCUGGUUGUCCCUCUCUUGUCUUUGUUCCACCUGGAUGGGCAGCGGGGCUUCCCUUUCCAUCUUCCCAGGCCCUCCCUGGGGCUGAAGGCCAGCAGGGCAGCGUGGCAGUCCGUGCAGUUUACAUGGUCCAGUUUCAUCUCAGCCAAUUGCUCCCCUGGACCUGUUUUGUUAGUGCCGUCAUCCCGGGCUGUAAGUUGGACAGUGAGGUUCACCAGCAAUAAAAUCCUGGGCUGAGGCAGCCUCCAGGAAUGCAUCUCCCAGGCACCGAGGAGCGAGCUGCGGCCACCAUGUCAGGUGCCUGCUGACACUGAGGACUGUUUUCCUGUGAGAAGUCCCACGUGCCAUGAGCCCAGCUUUUCUUCAAGGCAGCUUCCCCCUUCCCUUUCUCAAAGGGGUCGCCUGAGUCUGUGAAUGUGAAAGUAAUAAAUAAAAACUGUCCAAACGCGACACGUGCUGCACUUUGAGGGGGCCCUCUGUGGCCCCACACGGUCCCCGCGGCCCCAGCGUGGGGCCUGCAAGACUGCUCUAGUGGCUGCUGGUGGCAGGGCCACAGAAGGAGAGGCCCAAGUGUGACAGGCCCUAGCGCUGACCAAGGGGCGUCAGUGUGGUGGCCUGUCAUCAGCUGACAAGCAGGGGAUGUCACAUGAGCUUUUCCUGUAAAGUCUUGUGAAAAUCAUUUCACACCUGAUCAGCCAAUUGAUUACCUCUUUCCUAUUUGCAGUGUAACAGUGUGAAAAAUACAUUUGAGUCUAAGGCCUUAAAGUUACAACUAAUUUUUAAAAAACACCUUUCUUGUCAGAAAUAAAGGUCAGAAAGCUGCAUCCCCAUAUGUCCCCAAUCCUCUGGCUUUUAGAUUUAGGUCACUUUUCUUUGGCAUUUCAGUCAUUUUCCUAACAGAUUUUGCCCAACAAGUAGGGUUGGCCACCAGAACAUCUGGACAUUUCACAGGAUGUCCCAAAUAUCCAUUCCUCACCACCACCCCUGUGCGCUGUAGCUCCUGACUCCACACAGCGCCCCACUGCAGUCACCUCCACCAGAAUCAUUCACUUCCUUCCCUCUCCAAAGCCCACUUCCUCCUCCCCGCGCCCCCCCACCCCCACCUCAGGAGGAGGUGCCCAUUCUCCUGUCACCCAGACCCUUUCCCCCUCACUGCCGCCCAGAGGGAGCUUUGAGGAUGCAGCCUAGAGCCAACACUCAACACUGCUGGUCCUUCCUGGAAACGAACACCGCCUGUGCUGGGUCCUCCCUCACCUGGCAGGUGUCACCUGGGCAGCUGUCUCAACCUGUGCCCAUGCUGCUCCAGGAGCCCUGUGUCCUCAGCCCUGGGCCUUUGCGGCUGACCCUGGACCUGCCAAGGGGCAGGCUGGAGGGUCCCGACAGGGAGGGGUACUAAGGUGGGUGUGGGGCUGGGGUGCCCCCAAGGCGCAGUGCUCACAGCUCAUUGCCUUCCCAGGUAAGGGGAUGGGUAGCAGCAGGAGACGGUGGCUGGUGGGAAAUGUCAGGGUGAGAACCCAGUGGAUGGAGUGUCAUCCUGUACACCAAAAGGUUGCGGCUUUGAUUCCUCGUCAGGGUGCAUGUGGUAGGCGGCUGAUCGAUGUUUCUCUCAUCCUCAUUUUAGGCUUUCUUUGUGUCCAAUGGCCUGAAGUCUCAGAGUGUAAUAAUAAAAAUUUUACUCAA